GUUGAUGUAUCCGGUGUUGAUGAUCUGAUGUCCGUGUACACAAUUAAGUCGUGCAGUCGUCCUGUCAGCUGUGGACGUGUGUGUCAUUCUGGCGACCCCGUCGCCCUAGCUAUCCACAGUCCCCCCCGAGAUCUGUGUGUCCACCGGCAGCAAGGUUGCAGGCAAGACGCAGUCAAAACUCGCCUCUCUCAUCCGUCCACACACAGCUCUCUUGCAAAGGCACACACGAACGAACAAGCCGUACCCCACAGGCGAAGACAACAAACCCACCGGGAGCACUCGGGGGUGGUGGUAGUUUCCCUUGCCUGGGUGUCCGUGAUGUUCGUUCCCGUGUGAAAGCUUUUAGAUGCUCAUACAUCUCCCGACGCACAAAAACUCCACCCUGAGUCAGUGAACAGCGGCAUCGACACGACAUCACUCGGGCGCUUGUGCGUUGAUGCUGAUUGCGUGUAUGGCGUUCUUGAUCUCCUCAUCCAGGAUCUUGUAGACCAGCUGGUGACGCUUCACGCGACUGAGGCCCUCGAACAUCUCGCUCGUGACGUCUAUCCUGAAGUGCGUCUCGCCGCCGGCAAACUUGUGCGGCUCCUCCUGCAUCCCUGCACACACACACACACACACACACACACACACGAGGACACACAGACGAAGGAGAGGCAAGCAGCGUCCACUGCCGCUGAUUCUCCGCUCACCCAGGUGGUCGGCAUGCCCGGCAGACUCAUCGACUAUCUCAAGGCUGGUCGGGCUGAGCUCCUCUGUCAGCUUCCUCUCUAUCGCGUCGUAAACCGGUCCCAUCCUCAGAUCCAAUGCCCUCCGACUGCGCAGCCGCACUUGCCGGCGCAAGGACGAUGGGAGAGGGCUCCUCGCGAGAAAACAGCUGACGAUGUCGACGCAGCA